AUGACUUUUAAAUGGCCAUGGCAGUAUGAAUUUCCUCCAUUUUUCACUCUCCAAACGACAUUAGUUACUCGUGAAAAACAGCUUGAAGCCUGGAGUCGAUUAGUUAUUGAUUAUUGCCAGUUUCAUAAGAUAUAUACUCUCAAUAUCGCAGAUAUAUCAAAUUCUGAAUUAUUUAUUAACGCGAACCUUAAUCGAAAAUUAUCACCUGCCGGAGUACGCGCCGUUUUCGAUUAUCUUGAGCACAAAAAGCACGUCGAUUGGUUAGAUCAAUCAAAAAACCAAUGUCACAUAUAUUGGAGACGUCCUGAGGAGUGGGCUGCAUUGAUUUAUGAAUGGGCAGUUAGUAACGGUUUACUUAAUACUCCGUGUACACUUUAUGAAAUCACUCAAGGCGACGACGUAGCAGAUGAAUCAUUUUUUGGAUUAGAUAAAAGUGUUCUUUUGAAAUCAUUGGCAAUACUUGUUGAUCAGCGACGUGCACAGUUGCUUAAUAUUGGAUCUGAAGCAGAAGGCGUCAAAUUUCUCCCAUAA